GGAUAUUAUAUAUUAUUAAAACGUUUCCAACAGUUUUACUGUGAAGUAAAAACAAAACAAACAUCUACUUCCGGGACACGUCAACAAAGUCCCUGCGCAGACGGAUCCCAGCCAGCGGCAGCAGCAUCUGUACUGUAGCGACAAGAAAACAUUUCCCUACCACCAUGGAGACUUUAUACAGCAUACCGUUUGCAGUGCUGGAGUGUCCGAAUAUAAAGCUGAAGAAACCGUCGUGGCUGCACAUGCCGUCGGCCAUGACUGUGUAUGCAGUCGUUAUCGUGUCCUACUUUCUUAUUACAGGAGGUAUCAUCUAUGAUGUUAUUGUUGAACCACCAAGUGUGGGCUCAAUGACUGAUGAGCAUGGACACCAGCGGCCAGUAGCCUUUUUGGCAUACAGAGUAAACGGCCAGUACAUCAUGGAAGGACUAGCCUCCAGUUUCCUUUUCACAAUGGGAGGUCUCGGCUUUAUAAUCCUGGAUCGCUCCAACGCACCGAACAUUCCCAAACUCAACCGCUUCCUGUUGCUUUUCAUCGGGUUCGUCAGUGUUCUCCUCAGCUUCUUCAUGGCCAGAGUGUUCAUGCGCAUGAAGUUGCCUGGAUACCUCAUGGGCUAAAGACGCAGCAGUAUACGACAAACUGGUUUGGAUGGAGAGCGACCUCCACGCAGUUAAAUUAAAAUCAUUGAUAGAAUUGACUCUUCAUGUACCCGACAAGUGAUAAGGACUCGAAGCACUGACCAUUCUCUAGAAAUUACAUCAGAUCACAUUGACUCCAUCUCUUCAGUGUUUUGUGACUUCCUUUCCCCUCUUUUUUUUCCUCACAAGGUAGUGUCAACUUUAAUGCACGGCCUCUACUUCUGGUACUGGUGCACCGUCUUUAACAAAUCUGUCACAUUUCACAGUAUAUGAAAUGUGCCCCAGACGCUGGAGAAGAAAAGGAAAGGAAAUCACUGAACGCUGACAGGAUGUAGCCGCUGAUUUGGAAUCAAGUUUAGCACUGUGUGAAUCAUUUAGGUGGAUAUUGUUUCUUUUUUUUUUUUGUAUGGACGUCAAUGAAAAAGCCUUGAACCCGUCACAGUUGCAUUUUUGUACAAGGUUGUGAAAAUAAAUCUUCCUUUUCACAG